AACUGAGUAAACGCAAACAGUCUCCAGAGCUCUGGCUUGUGGCUUAUGGUUAAGCGAUUACUCUGGGAGAGACAUGAAAACGCCCACUUUACACUACAUGAACUUGACACCAAAUACACGCCGUUACCGGGGUGAGUUUUUAGAAGUCUAACGGUCUUUCCAGAAUGGAUGUUUUAGCAGUUCCCCAAAAGAGAGAAGAGGGCUGGUACUUGUCUCUUAUGGCACCAAACACAAAGGGUCCAAAGUUUGCAUGGCUUGAUCCAUCAAGGCUCUAUUGCAAUUCUCAGGCACUGUCAGAUUGCGUAAAAGAUCUUCUCAAACCAUUCCAGAAUGAGACCAUUGACCUGGUGGCUGGAAUAGAUGCCAUGGGCUUCAUCCUCGGGUCAGCUGUGGCCAUAACUUUAGGAAAGGGAUUUUUGGCCAUUCGAAAAGCAGGACACUUAUGUGUUCAAACUCGCACUCAAGACUACAGCGACUACUCUGGACGAGAGAAACUGAUGGAAGUGCGCGUUGACGUGUUAAAGCCAGGUCUGCGGGUUCUUAUAGUAGACCAGUGGAUUGAGACUGGAGGAACUAUGAGAGCAGCUAUCAAACUGGUGGAGAAUCAAGGAGCUACUGUUGUAGGCAUUGCCGCUGUGGCCAUUGAAAACAGUGAGGGAGGAACGUGGCUAAAGGAAAACUAUAAAUAUUCUCACUGCAUUCCAAACGAGCUGCAAUCUCAGAUAGACAGUCAAUACCUGGAGUCUUUUAAGAACUUUAGUGGUUAAAUAUGAAGAAAUCAGGGAAUAAAAUAUUCAUGUGAAAUUUGUGGAGGUAUGGAUAUUGUGAGGACUAAUCUCUCUAAGC